AAACUCCCAAAAUUGUCUCCUUCAAUCUCGUACGCAGUGUGUAUCCAACAACUGAACCAACCAGCAAGCUUGAUUCGAUUUCAUACGAUGGCGAGCAUUAGCAACGAGCCAGAGCGCGAGCAUAGAGACGAGGAAGAAUCCGGAGCCAACGAGGAUGAAGACACCGGUGCUCAGGUUGCUCCGAUCGUCAGGCUCGAAGAAGUCGCCGUUACCACCGGUGAAGAAGACGAAGAUACCAUUCUCGAUCUGAAAUCGAAGUUGUAUCGGUUCGAUAAAGAUGGAAGUCAGUGGAAAGAGAGAGGUGCUGGUACUGUUAAGUUCUUAAAGCAUAAGGAUACUGGGAAGAUUCGUCUAGUUAUGAGGCAAUCGAAAACUCUUAAGAUCUGUGCUAAUCAUCUCGUUACAUCGGGCAUGACUGUUCAGGAACACGCUGGGAAUGACAAGUCUUGCGUAUGGCACGCUCGUGAUUUCUCCGAUGGGGAAUUGAAGGAUGAGCUUUUUUGCAUCCGAUUUGCGUCAGUUGAGAACUGCAAAGCUUUUAUGCAAAAGUUCAAGGAAGUUGCUGAAUCUGAAGAAGAGAAAGAAGAGAGCAAAGACGCCUCUGAUACCGCUGGUCUUCUUGAGAAGUUGACAGUGGAAGAGAAAGUAACCGAGGAGAAAAAGGUGGAGAAACCAGUGGAGAAGGUAGCGUCAGCAUCAGCAGAGAAAGCUGUUGAAGAAAAGAAAUCUGAGGAGUCUGUGCCCUCAACUUAAGAUGCAUGCAUGGGAUACACAAGGCCAAGGUAAUCUAUAGCCUGAUGUGUUUUAAAUCCACCGAAGACUUGGCUUUUUUAUUUUUAAAUUUUUGAAAUUGACACAUGGUUUUGUCAGUGUCUUGUUCACUUGGUGAGUCGUGAUGAGUCUAUAUGUUUAGUGCCACAAGAGUGUCACAGGUGACAUUUGCAUAUGCGAGAUUUUCGAGGGUUGUUUGGGAUUUCAUUAUCUUGGAAAAAAAAAUUCCCUUUUGUUUUUUUUUGGAACGAGUGUGUAGUCAGAACAGGCUCCAUUUUGAUUCUACAGAAUGUAUGCAUUGGAUUUCGUGUGUGUAUUUUUUUUAUAAACAAGUCGUGUUAAAUCGCA